GCCACGGAGCCCUCUAUGAUGGCCGAACAAAAUAUAUACCGGCGUUUACGUGCUUUUGUUUUAACAUUUUUAAAAGUCUGAUAAUGUAUUCAUACACAAAAAUAGAUUAGACAAGACAUUAUGUAAAGUACCCAAGCAGCAGUGUAAGGAUAGCGCAUUUCUACACAUAACAGCUCGUCUGCAGUAGUGCAAACGCAGGGAAAAGUCAUACUUGGACAUCUCAAUUAGUCCACAGCUUGUUUUGUUUUUGAGGCUGAAGCGUCUCUGCCGGUUUCUGUUCAGUCGUGUCAUUUUUUUGUCAAUUUGAGCAUAACGCUCUUAAUUUUUUUUCUUUUAUCAAGAUGAUUGAGGUGGUGGCCUCCAUGGCUCGGGGACCUGUGUUUCUGGCUGGAGAGGUGCUGGAGUGCCUCAUCACCUUCACUAAUCCCAUGUCCCAUCUCUCCACUAGUGCAAGCAGUGAGAUGCUUGCAUGGGCCAGUGCUCAGAUCCACUGCCAGUUCCACGCCAGUGAGAGCCGUGUGGCUCUGCCCACACAGGGCACCAAGCAAGAUGUGCAGGCAGAGAAUGACACUGUGCUCAUCCCCAGCAGAGGGGAGCGAGGCCAGUGCAUGCUGGACACUCCGCCCAAGAUCCUGUUCUGUGACCUGCGGCUAGACCCUGGAGAGAGCAAAACCUACACUUACAGUGAGCUCGUCCCCAUGGACGGUCCUCCUAGUUUCCGUGGUCAGGCGGUGAAAUACGUAUACAAGCUGACGAUUGGCUGUCAGAGGGUCAACUCUCCAAUCAAGCUGCUGCGUGUCCCUUUCAGAGUGCUCGUACUGCAUGGCAUGCCUGAGCCCCCUUUCCCACAGGAUGAGGAAGUGUCACCCACAAACCCUUUCCUGGAAGAGGAGGAGGGAGGAAGAAGAGACACGAGACCACUGGAGCGAGCGCUAGACAUGCUGAUGAUCACUACCUCACGCCGCUGUCCACAUCUGUUUAAUAUCACUAACAUGCGAGGGAAGGUGGCCAAAUUCUGUAUCUUUAAGACUGUAUACAGACUAGGAGAGGACAUCAUUGGCACAUUUACCUUUUCAGAGGGAGAUAUCCCAUGUCUACAGUACUCAGUGAGUCUGCAGAGUGAGGAGGAGGUCCAUGAGCAGUACCAGAGGCGACCAGCUCAGGCGGUCAGUGUCACAAGUCAUGGCCGGCAUCUGGAGUCCUGCCUCCACACGGCCUCCAGCCACUUCUCCCUGCCUGUUCCUCUCAACGUUACACCUGGUUUCAGCACCGACAUUGUAACCCUAAGAUGGCGUCUACACUUUGAGUUCGUCACAGCAAGAGAGCCAGUGGAGCUGCCUACUGUUCUUCAGAACCAAUCAGAAGUCACCGUAUGGACUGGGGCAGAGCAGGUGGACGUGGACACCUUCAGCUGGGACCUGCCAAUCAAAGUGCUUCCCACCAAUCCGGCACUGGCUUCAUAUGUUUCUCAGUUCACAGGGACGAAUAGUAUCAAUAUCUGAAUUGCGUGUGUUUUUGUGCUUCGUGUGUGUGUGUGCGUGUGUGCAUGCGUGCAUGUUCUGAUUUUCCUUUAUCUGUAUUUCCCGAUCAAAAACCAGCAUCAUGAUGUUUCUGGUCUUUUAUUUGUUUUUAUCUUGUGUGUAUGUAUGCGGACCUGAUUUUAACAUUUCAGACAUUAACAUGGGACCUUUUCCAUAUUUAUUGUAUUCCAACUUGGUGAGCUAAUGUAUAUGAUUUUACAUGAAUUCUCCACGGAGGAGUUGCUCUAUUUUUUAUAUACAAACGUUUUUUCUGUUCAUUGUUCAAUUCUCUACUCGUGACAAGCUGACAGAUUCUCUAUUACAGUUAUUAACAGUGUUUGAACUCUUGGCAAAUAAAAAGAGUAGAAUCAUAGAAAAA